AUGGCCGUGCGCUCCCGCCGCCCGUGGAUGAGCGUGGCACUGGGGCUGGUUCUGGGCUUCACCGCCGCGUCCUGGCUCAUCGCCCCCAGAGUGGCCGAGCUGAGCGAGAGGAAGAGACGCGGCUCCAGCCUCUGCUCCUACUACGGCCGCUCGGCCGCUGGCCCCGGCGCUGGCGCGCAGCGGCCGCUCCCCCAACCUCAGCCCCGGCCGCGGCUGGAGCAGUCGCCGCCCCCCGCGCGCCAGGAGCUUCAGGGGCCGCCGCUGCCACAGGCAGCGCCCGGAGCAACCAGUUUUCGGAGCAGCCCCUGGCAACAGCCACCUCCGCUGCAGCAGCGGCGGCGAGGACGCGAGCCCGAAGGCGCAACGGGGCUGCCAGGCGCCCCCGGGGCCGAAGGGGAACCCGAGGAGGAGGACGGGGGCGCGGCUGGGCAGCGGAGAAGCGGCCGGCCGGGGAGUAGCCACAACGGCAGCGGGGACGGGGGCGCUGCCGCCCCGAGCUCCCGACCCCGGGAUUUCCUGUAUGUGGGAGUGAUGACCGCGCAGAAGUACCUGGGCAGCCGCGCGCUAGCGGCGCAGCGGACCUGGGCGCGCUUCAUCCCCGGCCGCGUGGAGUUUUUUUCCAGUGAGCAGCACCCCAACGCCGGAAUGAGCCAGCCCCCGCCACCCCUGCCUGUCAUCGCGCUACCGGGGGUGGACGACUCCUACCCUCCCCAGAAAAAGUCCUUCAUGAUGAUCAAGUACAUGCACGACCACUACCUGGACAAGUAUGAGUGGUUUAUGCGCGCCGACGACGAUGUCUACAUCAAAGGUGAUAAGUUAGAAGAGUUUCUUCGAUCACUCAAUAGCAGCAAGCCUCUCUACCUGGGCCAGACUGGCCUGGGGAACAUUGAAGAACUUGGAAAAUUGGGGCUGGAGCCUGGAGAGAACUUCUGUAUGGGAGGACCUGGCAUGAUCUUCAGUCGAGAGGUUCUCAGGAGGAUGGUGCCACAUAUUGGUGAAUGCCUCAGAGAAAUGUACACGACUCAUGAGGACGUGGAAGUAGGACGAUGUGUUCGACGCUUUGGUGGAACUCAGUGCGUCUGGUCUUAUGAGAUGCAACAACUGUUCCAUGAAAAUUACGAACAUAAUCGGAAGGGUUAUAUCCAGGACCUUCACAACAGCAAAAUCCAUGCAGCCAUAACACUGCAUCCCAACAAAAGGCCUGCCUACCAAUACAGGCUUCACAAUUACAUGCUCAGCCGCAAAAUUUCUGAACUUCGCUACCGCACCAUCCAGCUCCACCGGGAGAGUGCUCUGAUGAGCAAGCUCAGUAACAGUGAAGUGAGUAAAGAGGACCAGCAGCUGGGAGUGAUGCCUUCUUUCAACCACUUCCAGCCUCGGGAGAGAGAUGAAGUGAUAGAAUGGGAGUUCCUGACAGGGAAGCUCCUUUACUCAGCAUCUGAGAACCAGCCUCCUCGACAGAGCAUCAACAGCAUCCUAAGAACAGCACUGGAUGACACAGUCCUACAGGUGAUGGAGAUGAUCAAUGAAAAUGCCAAGAGUAGGGGACGGCUCAUUGACUUCAAGGAAAUUCAGUAUGGCUACCGCAGGGUUGAUCCCAUGCAUGGGGUGGAGUACAUUUUGGAUUUACUCCUCUUAUAUAAAAGACACAAAGGGAGGAAACUGACUGUGCCAGUGAGACGUCAUGCCUAUCUUCAGCAGUUGUUCAGCAAGCCUUUCUUUAGAGAAACUGAAGAGCUAGAUGUCAACAGGCUUGUUGAGAGCAUUAACAGUGACACUCAGUCGUUCUCCUUUAUAUCUAAUUCUUUAAAGAUACUAUCUUCUUUUCAAGGUGCCAAAGACAUGGGAGGGCACAAUGAAAAGAAAAUACACAUUCUUGUUCCUCUCAUUGGAAGGUAUGACAUUUUCUUGCGAUUCAUGGACAACUUUGAAAAAACUUGUCUUAUUCCAAAGCAGAAUGUAAAGCUGGUCAUCACCCUUUUCAGUAGGGAUUCUGGCCAAGAUUCCAACAAGCAUAUUGAGCUGAUCAAGGAAUAUCAGAAUAAGUACCCUAAAGCAGAAAUGACCCUGAUCCCAAUGAAGGGAGAGUUUUCCAGAGGUCUUGGUCUUGAAAUGGCUUCUUCCCAGUUUGACAAUGAUACUUUGCUGCUAUUUUGUGAUGUUGACUUGAUCUUCAGAGGAGACUUUCUCCAACGAUGCAGAGACAAUACAAUUCAGGGACAACAGGUGUACUACCCCAUCAUCUUUAGCCAGUAUGACCCAAAGGUAACCAAUGGGGGAAAUCCUCCCACUGAUGAUGACUUUGUCUUCUCAAAGAAGACUGGAUUUUGGAGAGACUACGGCUAUGGAAUUACCUGUAUUUAUAAAAGUGAUCUGCUGGGUGCAGGUGGAUUUGAUACCUCAAUACAAGGCUGGGGACUGGAAGAUGUAGAUCUCUACAAUAAAGUCAUUCUAUCUGGCUUAAGGCCCUUCAGAAGCCAAGAAGUAGGAGUGGUGCAUAUUUUCCAUCCAGUCCAUUGUGACCCUAACUUGGACCCUAAGCAGUAUAAGAUGUGUUUAGGAUCCAAGGCAAGUACUUUUGCCUCAACCAUGCAACUGGCUGAACUCUGGUUGGAAAAACAUUUGGGUGUCAGGUAUAAUCGAACUCUCUCCUGACAGUCCAGGCAAUACAUAUUGCCUUUUUAAAGGGGAGUUUACCUCAUUGUUGGUUGUUGUUAUUUUUAUUUUAUUAUUGUUAUUUUUAUUAUUAUAAUUAUUAUUGUUAUAAUUUUAUUUUGUUAUCCUGGUCUUAAACUACUCUUGGUUAUCUUCCAAAGAGUGUUUGUUGACCUCAAGCAAGAAGAGUCUGCAGUUCACUGAUAUUUCAGAUUUCUACUGAAGUCAAUUAUGUAUUACUUUUAUAUAUCUUUAUUCGAGAUUGAGUUAAAUCGUGGCAAUCAAAUGACUUUUGAAGCUCAUUCAUCGUGAGAGACAGCUUAGAAGAAUGUUCUCUUGGGGCUUAAAGAUGCAAUAUCGACUUUUAUUUCAUUUGUUAAAUUCAAUGUGAUACAAAUAUUUACUGGUGAAAGGUACCACAAAAGUGCUUUAUGCUUCCUAUGGGGAAGGGACUCUGUAACAUAAACUUGAGUUUUGUAAUUUAUACAAGGACUUAAAAAUAUAGACAAUAAUUUUCUUCAUCUUUAGAAUUUUUAAAGUAAAUGAACACUUAUGAUUGUAUGUUUAUUUUUUAAAAAAAGUUUUAAAAAUUGAGGAGUUUUGUUCCACAAGCAACCGGUACGGGCUACCCUGGUCUUCUGACAAUUAUGUACUCCUCACAACUGUCUGCUAUAAAUGCGAAUGAACUUUAUUUUCUCAAGGAAAUAUGAUUUAAUUAAAUAUUCAUGUACAUUUUAGAAGCUUUAUGAAACGAUGUCCUUCAUUUGCUGGCAAGAAGAUAAACUAUGACAGAACCUGGUUAUUUAUAAUAAAACACAGGUAUAACAGUAGUCUUUUU